CUGUAUUCGUCCGAGUAAUGGUAUUGCUCUUACACUUCUGAAGGAAAUAUAAUAAGUGUGACAGCUUAUAAUGGCAAUGUGGCUGGAGUGGUUAUCGGUCUACCACCAUCAUUUUCAUCAUCCAGUAUACUGAAAGUACUCCAUAAAGAAAAAAGGUAUCCUGAAACACAAUUACUACAGAUCAGAUAAAGAUUGGAAAUCUAAAUUCCUACCUACUUCGUGUAUAACGAUUUAAUCAAAAGAAAUCUGAUCUCGUUGUGCUACCAACCAUCCAGUAGUAAUCCAGGGUUUAGCUUUAGGGUUACUUACUGAAAGGAAGAAAGAUGCAUUUGAGCGAGAAUGAGGGAAUUGAGGGAAGUAUAUUUCUGGUCACUGGUGGACUUGGUUUUGUUGGUUCAGCUCUUUGUUCUGAACUCAUACGUAGAGGUGCAAGGGAAGUUCGAACUUUAGAUCUUCGUUCUUCAUCUCCUUGGUCUGCUCAUCUUAAUGAGAUCGGUGUUAAGUCCAUUCAAGGGGAUGUGAGCAAAAACAAAGAUGUUGCAAAGGCUUUGCGUGGGGUGGACUGUGUUUUCCACCUUGCUUCUUAUGGGAUGUCUGGCAAGGAAAUGAUUCAAGCUGGACGUGUUGACGAAGUUAAUAUAAAUGGAACAUGCCAUGUUUUGGAUGCUUGUUUCGAGUUUGGAGUUAAGAGGCUAGUUUAUGUGAGUACGUGCAAUGUUGUAUUCGGGGGGCAGGAGAUUGUAAAUGGCAACGAAGCCUUGCCUUAUUUUCCCAUGGAAGACCAUGUUGAUCCAUAUGGCCGUAGUAAAUCUGUUGCUGAACAGUUGGUUCUCAAGAGCAAUGGCCGCACCUCCAAGAAGAAUGGAACUCGUCUUUAUACUUGCGUGAUUCGUCCUGCUGCAAUCUAUGGACCGGGUGAAGAAAGGCAUCUUCCUAGGAUAGUCUCACUUGCAAAGCUGGGUCUGUUGGCAUUCCAAGUUGGUGGUCCAACUGUGAAGUCGGAUUGGGUAUAUGUGGAUAACCUCGUGCUUGCUCUAAUAUUGGCAAGCAUGGGACUCUUGGAUAAUAUUCCUGGAAGAGAAGGAACUCCUGUUGCAGCUGGCCAGCCUUACUUCAUAUGUGAUGGAUCACCUGUCAAUACAUUUGAGUUUAUCCGCCCACUGCUCAGAAGUCUGGACUAUGACGUACCAAAGGCUACAUUGGACAUUUCCCAUGCACUCCUCUUGGGACGAAUUUUCUGGGUAAUUUAUACAAUUUUAUAUCCAUGGUUGAAUCGAUCAUGGCUGCCUCAACCACUUAUUCUCCCCUCCGAAGCACAUAAGGUUGGAGUUACUCAUUACUUUUCUCCCCUAAAAGCAAAGAAUGAGCUAGGAUAUGUCCCCAUGGUGAGUCCCCAAGAGGGCAUGUCUGCGACUAUCUCGUACUGGCGGGGACGGAAGAGGAGAUCUUUGGAUGGGCCCACCAUACACGCAUGGUGUUUCUGUGUGAUUGGAAUGUUUGCUGUAUUUGUUCUCGCCUAUUUACCAGUCUUAGGACCCGUAAAGCCACUUUCUCUCCGAUCGAUGUCCCCUUUACAGAUACUUUUCGUCGCUUCAGUAGCUGCACAUGUGGGUGAGGCUAUAUAUGCUUGGUUUCUGGCAAAGAAAGUGGAUCCUGCAAAUGCCAAAGGAUGGUUUUGGCAGACAUUUGCUCUUGGGUUCUUUUCUUUGCGUUUCCUGUUGAAGAGAGCCAAAAAGGAGUGAUAAUCUGAUCUCCUGUCCCAUGUUCAUUAAACGGGUAGAAAAUUCUAUGUUGUUCUACUUGUGUGUAGUUUACUCUGAUGUAGCUCCACUCAGAACAGUUGGAGCGAAUAGCUGGUGAAAUAAUAUUCGGGUUUAUGUCAGAAACUUACUUAUCAUUUAUCAAUAGAAGAAUGAGUGACAUUUGAAUUGCCC